GUAAAUGUAUAUGGUUCACAGUUUAAUCUGCUACCUCAUGACUCUACCAUCCUAAGACUUCAUCAGAAAGCCCAGGCAAAGCCUCCUGUCACCCCACACACAGCUCCCUUUCCACAACACUUUCCCUAUCACAUGGGGAAAGCGCCACACUCACGGACAUGCCCUAUGCUGACUUCAUUGAAGCUAACAAAACACGGGAAACAUCUCGUGUUAGGGGGAAAUCAUUCGGUUAUGCUUUCAAAGCCAGUUUCGGCUGGGGCCUCCAUUGGAUAUUACACAAUGUCAUAUGAUUUCCAGUGUUGGGCUCCAUCCACUAGAUGAUGAGGUCAAUAUUAUGUUCAAAUGCAUGGCCUUUUUCAAGUAAGUGGAGAGGUGAAUCAUAUCCAGGUUUUAGUCUAAAUUUAAGGUUCCCAUUCAAGGUCCUGACUCUUAUCUCCAAAAUACAUUCAGAACUUUAUAUGGCAAAAGUUAUGACAUGCAACUCUGACAUACAAGCUGCAAGCCAUCAACAUUACAGUUGGUAGAUAUGUUCCCUAGCUAUUUUUUUUCUUAAUCCUAGCACUUGCUCCUGAUUCUCUUCAAAUAUGUGCUCAUAUUUUGACCAUGAAUUCAUGGUUGUCUACAAAAUGAUACAAGACAAUCCUCAUAUGCAGGUGAUGCCUUGUUUUCUCAUUCCUUGUGAGUGCAGCACAUACCCUACCAUGGAUAACUGCCAACUUGAUGAAGAUUUCUGCUGGUCAGAAAUGAAGCUGUUGCGCCAGUUGUUUUAUGUGGCAGUGUUCAUAGCCCUUUGCUCUCCAUGUCUUGGAGAAGACAAAUGUGCUGGAGUUCCAGGAAUCCCAGGGACUCCAGGGGCUAACGGGGUGCCUGGAAGAGAUGGACGGGAUGGCAUGAAAGGUGAUCCAGGACCACCAGGUCCUAUGGGCCCCCCUAACGGCCUGACAGGUGUUCCUGGAAGAGAUGGACUUCCUGGCCCACAAGGAUUGAAAGGUGAACCAGGAGAGAAGGGAGAGCCUGGACCAGAAGGCCGGCCUGCUUUUCUCGAUCCUGAAGUGCAGGAAAUCCUUAGCAGUUUGAAUCAAAGAAUCUUGAGACUUGAAGGAGCUCUGUCUUUGAAAGGAAUAAUACAUAAAGUGGGGAGCAAAAUAUUUGCUACAAAUGAACAAUUAGUUGAUUUUGAAUCCACACUUCAAAUAUGCAGCCAUUCUGGGGGAUUUGUUGCAGUACCCAUGAAUGAAAUGGAGAAUAAUGCUGUUUUGGAUAUUGUGAAAAAUAUAAAUCAAUAUGCCUACCUGGGAAUCAAGGAAAGCCCCAUUCCAGGAGAAUUUGUGUAUUUCGAUGAAACCCCUGUGAAUUAUACAAAUUGGCGUCAGUAUGAACCAAAUGGGAAGGGGAAAGAAAACUGUGUCGAGAUGCACACCGAUGGAGGCUGGAAUGACAAAAAAUGUAACCAGUAUCGUCUUGUUGUCUGUGAAUUUUAAACACAUUCUUCAAUUAAACAAUUCAAAUUAUAUCUCCUAAACCAAAGUAAUGGUUGUGGCAUCUGGGAUUGUAGUUUUAUCAAGACCCUUCAGGUAUUUGUCAACAGUUAUUACACAAUAAUGGUCUUUAUGACAGCUGCGAUAAGCAAGUUAACACAAAGCCAUCUUUAAAAUAGUAGUGUAAGCAUGGUAGAAUUGAAUGCCUAUUACGUAAUUGAUGGAAUUUUUUGGCACAGACUUGGCAUAUGGAGGCCAGAAGAUCAGGAUUUUCAAGACUUCUGAAUGGCGAUAAUUUCAGUAAAGAUUUGUAUAUCCCUUUUUCUCAAAUGUGGUGAAAUCCAUGCAUGUGAAACAAAAUUCAGUUAUUUUGAAAGUGAGUGCAAAGUGAUGGGUGGUUUCAUAGUGUAUGGAUUUUCUCUUUCAGUGGAAUUAAUUAAUAAUAUCUAGAAAUAAAUAGAUAUUUCAAUAUAAAUGCCAAAAGUCCGGAGAGUUCAAAAAACAUAACUUUAAUAGGUGUCAAGAUUUUCAUCUAUUCACAUUAGGCAAGGGAAUCACUCAGUGGGAUAAUCAAUUGCACUUGGAGGGCCACCCUUGUUGAGAAUCAGCAAACCAUUUUAAUAAUAUAUUUUCCCUUCUUUCCUGUCCUUUCUCUUCACUUCGUCUCUGAGUUUCUUCAUUUUCUGGUUGUAUAUCAGUAUGUCUGUUUAUUACUAUGAGUAUGCAUUAAAUAAAAUGCCAAAAAAGCACCAAAAA